AUCAGAGCAUCUAUGAAAAGUGGGGCACAUUCGCACACACUAGUGAACAGAGUGAACUUUUUAUGCAUUUUCAGACUGAAAGUUCAGAUUAGGUGUCCCGAGGAGCCAGAAUCCGCCUAAAACCUGCAGGCGCUCAGUGACGUCUACCCUCAGUUUUGAUCCCUGACGGAGGAGCUCCAGCUUCACAGACUCCUGAACCUCCAAGAUGAGCUUAGUUGGGAAGGUUGCAGUGGUGACAGGAGCAGCCAAAGGGAUCGGGAAGGCGAUAGCGGAGACCUUUCUGCAGAAUGGCGCAAAGGUAGUCCUGCUGGAUGUGGAUGAGAGCACAGGGGAGAAUUUGAAGAAGGUCCUUGAUCAGAAGUUUGGAGAGGAGAAAACCUUGUUCAUCAGAUGUAAUGUUGAGUCAGAGGAGGAAAUCAAAGCCGCCUUUGAGAGAACAGUGACGACCUUUGGAAGCAUCGACAUUCUGUGCAACAAUGCCGGUAUCUUGAGUGAGGACCAGUGGGAAAGAACUGUGUCUGUCAACCUGGGCGGUGUCAUCCGGAUGACUUAUGCUGCUCUGGAGAAGAUGAACCAACAGUCUGGAGGACGGGGAGGGGUUGUGGUCAACACAGCCUCAGUGGGGGGCCUCGGCCCUCUACCCGGUUGUCCUGUCUAUUCCGCAACUAAGCACGGUGUGAUCGGCUUCACUCGAGCUAUGGCAGCUGCUUCCACCGCCUCCAAUUAUGGGAUACGCUUCAACGCCAUUUGCCCCGGUGCUGUCCAAACCGACCUCUUCUCCUCCGUUACAAACUGUUUGGGGCCCUUUUCUCACCUGGCUCAUUUAUUUGAUAAAUUUGCAGAAGGCGGGGUGCUACAGCCGUCAGAUGUGGCCCGUUGUGUUCUGGAGCUGGUGACGGAUGAGAUGAAGAAUGGAGAAGUCCUGGUGGUGGACCACAGAGGGAAGAAAUAUAUGACUUUUCCCACUGUUCUCUAGCUGCUCCUGCCAAAGAGAAACUGCCAUCGUGACUCUAUUAAAGAGUUUUUCAAGGGAUAAAUCCUCAAAAAAUCCCUGUGAUCUUUUAUUCAUUUCAAAUGUUUUCUAAUCUGUUUUUUUUAAUCACAUCUAAAAGCAAAGUCUCCGUUUGUUCAGUAAAGAAGUCUUUGCUGUUUGAAUAAAGGUAGAAUUUUUUCAUUGGAUGUAUCUGAUCAAUAAAAGUUGUCACAGAAGUAAAAAA